GUGGGCGACGUGUUGGAAAUAGCUCUCAUCUAUCAAUGCUUCCUCACCACAGAGUAUGAGCUCAAGGGUUUCAUCAGCUGCGGGGACCACGCAGCCCUUAAAGAAAGCUCGUCCUUCUGCGAUAAAUGAGCCCACAAACAUUUGCCAGAGGGAAAGGAGAGAGGUCUGUGGGCCAGAUGGUGAUUCCCCUCUUUCUUGGAAGAAGUCCCUUUAAUGGCAUUCCCCACCCAGUACUUUACAUUGAAGUCUGCAAGUGGAUUUGCUUGGCCAAAAAUAUGACCUAAGGUUCCAAAGAUUUUGAUAACCAAACUGUCUUCCAUGUCUCAGUGAAGGAGUGGAAUGAAAACAUUGGUCCAGGAAGUGAAAGCUUCAAAUGAAGAUGAAGAGUUGCUGGAGCUAUGGAUCCUGAUGUGUCUCAGUUGACAGAUGGCGGUGAUUAAUGGCUCAGCCCAGGACUGAAGCAAAGAGGAGCUCUCAUGGUUACUGGUCACUGCCUCUCAGACAACAGACACCACGUUCAGGGAAUCAGUGAAAAGCUCAAAGAUGCUCAGCCAAGAGUAUGCACACUUAUGGCUCCUCUUCUCCAAAGGAGCAGCUGUGACCAUCUUUGAUGUGUGGUCCAGGAGCAAGAACAUCUCUCUAUUCUAACCUGGAGUCCAUCCAGGGUCCCUGUUGGCUGCUGCGAACUUUCAUGGGGUUGCUCAGAGGAUUUUCCCCACUUCUGGUAGAAUUGGUCCCUUCCCAGUGAUAACGACACUCCUCCAGGCCUUUGCUAGAAGAAGGUGGCAAUAAGCAGACAGGGCUGAGCAGAGUCCUGGGACCACCAGGAGCCCCCAGCCUAGCUGUGACUCUGUGGUGGGCACUGGAAGGACCUUCCACCAGAAUCUUGAUUCUUUUGGCUGUGUCAGCACAUGAUUACAUGGAUCAACCCCUGUUUCCAAGAGGGAUAUCUCCAUCCCCAUCCUCUUCAUAGCACAAUGUGCUUUUGCUUGCAAACCAGUGCUGGGGGCAUCACAGGAGACUUCUCUGACCACACAGGGACCGAAGUGGUCCUGGGACCCCAAACUGGGGAGGUAACCUUCUUGUGUGCUUGCAAACUGAGUUAAUUCCACUGGACUUCAGUUCCUUUGGGGGCUGUCAGGGGGUCUUUUUUCAAGACACACAUUAUCCCUACCUCCAUGCUGCACCUCAGACUUUGGUACCACACCCUGGAAGAACUCUGGCAAAAUUUCAGUAUUCCACAGGUUUCCCUCUCUGGACAGGAGGACAAAAGGCACCAGAGAUGAGGAACCAAGCAGAGGGCAAAGCAGUGAGUUGGGCAAGGCUGCACCUACUGCAGAUGGGGGUUAUGAGCACUAUCUUAGGGCAAAACCCUGCCGAGAAUCAUAGGAUGGGUUGGGUUGGAAGGAACCUUAAACAUCAUCCAGUUCCAACCCCCCUGCUACGGGCAGGGACACCUUCCACUGAUCAGGUUGCUUAUAGCUUCAUCCAGGUCCUGAACAUCUCCAGGGAUGAGGUAAAGGUGCUGCACCAGCCCCACUCUUCAAAUAGAAACACAUUAAUUGGGAUAACGCUGUUAAUUAACUCUGAAAAGCCCAACAGGCAUCCUUAGGAAGCAUAAAUGUCUUUGCAUUUAAAAGAUCCUUGCACCAAGUGCCUGACUACCUGCAGGAAUGGGGGGAAAGUGUGUCUGUGUCAUCCUGCAAAGUCCCAGUGUUGGCGACAACCCCGUUUUCAGGUGGUUCUCACCAGGCUGUUUGGUUCAGGUGUCUUUCCAUCCCCCUCCACCUUUUUUUCCUUCUGAAUGGGGAGAGGCACAACAGCCCCAUGACGUUGCCAGCUCCCUCUGAUUUCAUUUUAAUGAAAUCAUGCCCAAAUGAAGGCUCCACGUCUGGAGUUACGACUCAAACCCCGUGAUCUCUCAUUUUUAUAUAUACACAAGGGAGGGGAAAAGCGUUUCCAUAGAGAGAAAAACUAUCGCAGCCCUCUUAAUAACAAUAAAAGAAAAGCGAGGGUGCAGAAGUUCAGGGGAACGCGCCUGAUGCUUCUCUCCGCGGAGUGAGACUGCAGCAACCCCUUCCCAUCCCGACCACCGAGGACAACCAGUAGGUGUGCCAGCUCUGCAAGAGCUUUUGGAGAUCUUUCUAUUCUCCAUCCAGCAGCCUGAGGUCAUCCCAGGAGAGCAGGAGCUGCAGACAGGGGCAGGCCACCGCAAUGCCCCACACCAGGCUGCUGCUCCUCCUCAUCCUCCUCUGCGCUGCUGAGACCAGCCAGGCUCUCCGCCUCUAUAACUCUGCCUCCAUCUUCAGCUGCCUCAACGCAGCCCUCGCUGAAGCCCAGAAGAGCCAGCCAGAGGGAAACGCUAUCUUGGAAAGGCGCAGCUUUGACUCUCCAUUGCCAGAGAUGGUGUCUGAGGAGGAGGAGGGGGAGGACGUGGUGGAUGAAGAGAUGGGGAAAAGGACAUUCCCAGGGGAAGGCCAUUACAAAUAUGUCUCGCAAGCACAAGUGAAGGGGAAGACAUAUCAAAACCGGGCCAAGAGUGACCGCCGCACCAAGGUGACCCUCUCCCUUGAUGUCCCCACCAACAUCAUGAACAUCCUUUUCAACAUCGCCAAAGCCAAGAACUUGAGGGCGAAGGCUGCUGCCAAUGCGCACCUCAUGGCCCAAAUCGGGCGGCGGAAGUGACCCUCCACGGGGCAGGGGAGACUCGGAGCAGGACUGGCUGUGUGAGGCCACCACCCAGCCCUGACCUGCUGGCCAGAGGGGACUGACAGCCGUGUAUGAUAUCAGUGUUGUAUAUUUUUGACCCAUAGAGUUACCUAUCUUUCAUAUCUCCUCUUCCUCCUUCUCUCCUUCACGAUCUUCUCUAUCCCUCCUCCUUGACAUUUCCAUGCGUGGAGAAGAAGUGCAUGUCCACAGCAGGGCAAGGGGACGUGUCACCUUGGGAAGGCCCCUA